AUGGCUAGAUGUGUAUGCCGCACAGACUGUGUAGAGAAGCCAAUCUGCGCAGCAUUUUAUCAAUUAGGGCAUUUUGUAGGAUCACAUCCCUGGUGGUUUCUAGUGAUCCCUUUGCUGAUCUCGGGUGGUCUGGGGGCAGGCUUUUAUUUUCUGAAGGAGUAUGAAGCAAACGACAUCGAAGAGCAGUUUACUCCCUUGGAUGGCGCUGCAAAGGGAGAGCGAGACGUUGUACAGAAAUUCUUCCCUCAGAAUGACUCGGACUUUUCCAGCCAGCGGCUCUACACGGAGGGGACCUACGCGUCCCUGAUUGCCGUUUCCAGAGAGAACAUUUUAACAGAAACUGCAUUUAAAGAAAUAAUUGAACUAGACAACACUGUAAAAGACAUAACUUCAGACAAUAAUACAUAUUUAGAUCUGUGUGCUAAAACAAACAACAAAUGUGUUCCAAAUGCGAUAUUAGAAAUAAUAAAUUACAAUGCCAGCGAAAUAGCAGAUAUUAAUCUUACCUAUCCCAUGUACAAAACGAAGAUAUUUCUUGGGACCACUGUUGGCGGAGUUGAUAUAAAAGGUCAUGUAGUAGAUAAAGCAACAGCAAUUAGACUAUUUUACUAUUUAAGAGACGACGAGACGGGAAAAAGCAACUUGUGGCUGGAACAAUUUCAAAAAGUAUUUUCAAAAUACUUGACAGAAGAUAAAACUCUUCAGGUAUCGUAUUUUACUUCAUUGUCAAGGCAGCAGGAGUUUGAAGACAAUUCUAAGAAAGUGAUCCCAUUGUUUUCCAUCACGUAUUUCCUUGCCAUUUUCUUUUCAAUUAUAUCCUGCUUGAGGUUUGACUGUGUCAGAAAUAAGGCAUGGGUUGCCACCUUUGGAGUCCUGUCAGCAGGCUUAGCGGUGCUGUCUGCUUUCGGGAUGUUGCUGUACUGUGGAAGGCCAUUCUCUAUGACUGUGGCUAACGCCCCGUUCCUGAUCCUCGGGAUUGGAGUUGAUGACAUGUUCAUUAUGAUCUCCUGCUGGCAGCAAACCAAGGUUCAUGAUUCCGUGGCAGAUCGCUUGGCAGAAACGUAUAAAGAGGCAGCCGUCUCCAUCACCAUCACCACUCUAACUGAUGUCUUGGCUUUCUACAUAGGCAUCAUGACACCCUUUCGAUCGGUGCAGUCGUUUUGCCUCUACACAGGCACUGCCGUUCUGUUCUGCUAUCUGUACAACAUAACAUUCUUUGGAGCUUUCUUGGCUCUCAAUGGAAAAAGAGAAAAGGGAAACAGGCACUGGCUGAUGUGCAUGAAGGUGGAGCAGAACUGUCCAGCAGGACACUCUAAAGGGUACAGCGUGUGCUGUGUAGGAGGGGCGUAUGAUGCAAACACCGGCUGUGAGAAAGAGCAGCCAGUGAGUGUGUUCUUUAAGAGGUACUAUGGCCCUUUUCUUACAAACACAUGGACCAAAGUGUUUGUGGUGUUGCUCUAUGGUGGGUACCUGGCUAGCAGUAUUUAUGGGUGUCUUCAGUUGCAGGAAGGUGUAGACCUUCGAAAUCUGGCGUAUGACGGUUCGUAUGUUGUUAACUACUAUGAUGAUGAGGAUGCUUAUUUUUCAGAGUAUGGACCAAGAGUUAUGGUUGUUGUUACAGAACAAGUUGAAUAUUGGAACAAAGAGGUCCGUCAAGAGAUUGAAAGUUGUUUGAAAGUGCUUGAAAAACACUUGUAUGUUGAUGCAAGCCUGUCUGUUUCAUGGCUAAGAGUAUAUGAGAAUGUCUCUAGAUUACUAAAUAUCAACUUAGAUAAUGAAACAGUAUUUAAAGACAAUUUAAAGUUUAUUCUUCCAACCUUUAAACAAGACAUUAGUAUCUCUAAUGAUGAUAUUAUUGCCUCACGUUUCUUUAUUCAGACCACAAACAUUAACACUCCAAUCAAGGAAAAGAACAUGGUGAACGAGCUGAGAGAGGAUGUAAAGAACUGUGUAGUCCCAGUACUGGUUUAUCACCCAGCAUUCAUCUUCUUUGACCAGUAUGUAGUCAUAGUCUCUAACACGAUACAGAAUAUUGCAGUGGCAACUGCAGUAAUGUUGGUCAUCGCCCUCCUAUUGAUUCCCAAUCCACUUUGCUCUUUGUGGGUAACGUUUGCCAUCGGAUCUGUCAUUGUUGGUGUUGUCGGCUUCAUGGCUUUCUGGAGUGUUAACUUAGACUCCAUAUCUAUGAUCAAUCUGGUCAUCUGUAUAGGCUUCUCUGUAGACUUUUCUGCACAUAUUUCCUACGUAUUUGUAUCAAACAGCAAAUGCGACGUAAAUGAGAAGGUCGUUGAUACGCUCUAUACUCUAGGUUACCCUAUAGUCCAGGGGGCAGUUUCUACUAUACUGGGUGUCAUUGUUCUGGCUGCAGCUGAAAGCUACAUCUUCAGGACAUUUUUCAAAAUCAUGUUCCUGGUCAUUCUAUUUGGGGCAGUUCAUGGUCUCAUAUUUCUUCCAGUGUUUCUGACCUUCUUUGGGGUUUGUAGCAUGACUGGAGAGGUAACUAGUAAAAAGCAGAGUGAUGUGAAAGAUAAUGAAAGCAGGAAUUGCAUAGAUGGUGCUGAUCAUAAAGAAUCUAGAUACGCUCUGACAUUUACUAAUCAUGGCCUUGAACAAGAUGAUAGAGCAGGCCCAGCUGCUGUUGAUGGCAGGGAUGUUGUUAUUAGUAAUGCAUUUGGACACCCUGUGACUACCAGCAGCCACAGCAUGAAAAGCGAUCCUUAUAAACAGAAAGCAUCUGACAUGCAUGCAGAUGGACAGUUGGAUCCAGACUGCUCUUGA